AUGGGUGGAAUUGAGUUAGACAUUGGACAGGCCAAACGGGACAAUCCUGAAGGUGAUAUAAAAGUAAUUAAGAAAGACAAUAAUCUACAAGGAUAUAUAACAUAUGAAUACAAAGGGCACAAUGAAAAACCAUUUGAGUUAACUGGGCUUAAUUAUGAUAGCAAGAGAAUAACAACAAUAGUUAUAUUGUCUUCUAUAAAAAAUGUCAAUAACGUUAUAAUAUGUUGUGAUAAGGGUGGCAAAACGGUUUUUAUUAUAGGCAUUGGAACUACUGAGUGUCAUUAUUAUUAUACGAACUCGGAAGCCGAUAAAAAUAGUGACCAUAGCACUAAGUUCGAGAAAUUUCUAGUAAAGGGCUUUUCUUCACUCCAGAAUGAUGAUCUUAACAAUAUCAUUUACAAUAUAAAGAUAAACAAAACUCUAGACUAUGAUAGUUUAGAUAUUAUGUUAAAGAAUUUUCUCUGGAGACCAAAUAGCGUAGUGUUCGACCUUUCAAAAUCAGCUGAUAAAUCCACUUAUCCUUCCGAUGUUACCGAUAUCCAGGUUAGUGUCGGAAAAGGCAACAUGACAGAUGCUAAAUUUCUUGAUGUUACACAUACUCCAGAUAUUUCCCCGUUCUACAUUGAAGAUAUUAAGAAGAGUGGGAAACAUAUAAGUAUAGAUGGAGGAUUUCCAAACGACCCACUGACCGGCUUCAGUGUAUACUACAAAAUUGAUGAUAAAAAGUAUAAUGAUCCACUUUUAGUGGUUUUGACCCUAAAUAAUCUUGGUGGUACUGAUCAAAGAUUUAUUAGCAGUCACUACCUAAUUUCCAAGAAUAAAAAUAAUAGCACUUGGAACAUUCGCAGAGUUGUAGGAACUGAUACAAAUGAGAAUGAUAUUAAAGCAAUAUUAAGCAAUAUCGUUCUAUAUAACAAGCUUGACUUUAAAUACCUGAAUAACCUCAAAGGUAGACUUAAUGAUCUCACAGAGGGCCUGUUGAUAGAUUUAACCAAUGAUUUCCGAGAAGAAAAAGGUCAAUAUACCUCUGAAGGUAAACGGAUUCCCUACAGAAAAAUAAAGGCUUCUGCUUAUUAUACUACCAUUAGUCAUGCUGAUACAUUCACUAGCUUUACAAUUAGUGGGAUAAAAGUUACUAAUUCAGAUUUUAUAAAUCGAAAUCUAUUUCACACAGAAAGGAGAAUCUAUGGGUUAAAUAUUUUCUACAAAGGCAACUCUACUGCAGAUCCACUCCUCAUUCAUAUACUGGAAGAUACUCUCGGAACUAACAAAUGGAUAAGUAGACAUCUUGGAGAUACUACUUGGCACAAACAUGAGGACAGUUCUCCAAAAAGUGAUACAGAUAUUAAGGAUAUCCAAAAACUCAUUGAACAAUUAAAUACUCCGAAUAUUAUAAUAGACCUUUCUAAGCCUAAAGAAUAUACACCUACUGAAAAUACUCUAGAAGUUGAGGUUAAAAACAUUGCAGUUAAGGGUCUGUCAGAUUGUUGUGGAUUUGAACAUACUAUGAGUCAAAAUAAAGCUUUCACAGUUAAGCAAUUCGCAUAUGAAACUUCUCCCCUAAAAGCUAUAAAAUUUCCCGAUCAACUGCUUAGUGUAACAGCAUACUACUCUGGAACUAGUCCCAAUCUUGUUAAUCUCCUAAUGGUUAAACUAGAGGCUAAUAAUAGUGGCUUAAAAUACAUAUAUUUUAAAAGGAAGAAUAAAGAUGUAUCCAGCUGGAUGCAAUAUAAUCAGGAUAAAAACCUAGAUAAUAACAGUUUAAAGAUUGAACUGGAAAGGUUAAUGAAGGAGUACGGUCUCGAAUCACCUCAGAAAAGCACCGGACACUUCAAACCCGAAUCUAAAGAUGCACCUGGAAAGUCUGAAGGUUAUUCCGAGGAUUCCAGAGAAACAGACUUUUCCAAGGAACAAGAGGCAUCUUCAUCAAUCUCGAUACCCAAAUCUUCUGAUUCUUCCAGCGGUGCUAUAGUUGGUGGAAUAUUUGGUGGCAUUGCUUGCCUAUGCCUUGUUGGUGCUGCAAUAUGGAAGGUGGGACCUUCUGUAAGAACGUAUUUAGCCAGUAGAAAACGCAUUCUGUAGUACCACAAUUUCCCCCUCAGUAAUGGAAAUAGACGUAGUUUCUAUUCAUCCUAAUGUUGUACAUGAAUGUUUAUUUUCCAGGGAAUAGUCUCAGGGCCAUAGAAAUGCAGCUAUGGAAAAGGAAGCAUGUCCGUAAAGUAGUCAUAUCUAAAUAUAUCCCCUCCAUAUUCCCCUUCAUAGUAGUACUCAUUCAUUCUUCCUUCCCAUCUUCAUUGUCCUAUGCCCUGCAGUAAAUUCUCCAUGUGUACAUCUCUGUUCCUCUGACCAUUGCCACCUUGUAUACAGACCCAGCAUACAUCCAUAUAGCCACCAAAUCCUCUUGCUAAUCAAACAAAAUUGCAGUAGAAGCAACAUGAAGAGUAACCGCUAAAAUCUCACCUGGAGAAUCCGUCCACCAAGAGGUGUAGGACUAAAACUCGUACGCAGAUCCAAAGCCAUCCGUUUCCUAAUUUUUACCAAAUGCUGCACCAGUCCGGUGGUUUGGUCGUUUGCCACUUGUACGCGGAAUUUUCUUCCGAGUCACUAUUCCACUUUUCUCCUUUGGUCAUCCUUCCAGGUACCUCUUGUCUUCCGCAGGUUCCCAGAGGUCGCUGGCCAUUCUAACGACUCCAAUGGAGACAUUCCAUGUUUAGGAACCGUC